AUGAAAGAAGCCAUGCCGGUUCUCACAGCAGGAGCGGGGCUGCACGAGACGCUGGCCCUGCUGACCUCUCAGCUGAGGCCCGACGCCAACCACAAAGAGGACAUGGUGUUCCUCAAAGACGUCUUCAGCGAGCGGAGUUUGGGCUACCUCAUGAAGAUUCACGAGAAGCUGCGACAGUACGAGAGGCAGAGCCCAACACCUGUUCUCCACAGUGCCUCUUCCCUGGCAGAGGAUGUGGCUGAGGAGCUGCAGAGCGGACCAAUGAGCACAGAGGAGAAGGAGCUGCUGCACCUGCUGACGUCACCUCAUCUCAAGGCUGUUCUUUCGGUGCACGACACCGUGGCCCAGAAAAACUUUGACCCCGUGCUGCCGCCGCUGCCGGACGACUUCGAGGACGAGCUGGAGGAGGAGUCUGUGAAGAUUGUCAGGCUGGUGAAGAACAAGGAGCCUCUGGGAGCCACCAUCAGGCGGGAUGAGGCCACUGGAGCGGUGAUCGUGGCUCGGAUCAUGAGAGGAGGCGCAGCUGAUCGAAGUGGCCUGGUCCAUGUCGGAGAUGAACUCAGGGAGGUCAACGGAGUCUCUGUGAUCCACAAGAGGCCUGAUGAGAUCAGUCAGCUGCUGUCCCAGUCCCAAGGCUCCAUCACUCUAAAGAUAAUCCCCGCCAUUAAAGAGGAGGACCGGCUGAAAGAGAGCAAGGUUUACAUGAGAGCACUGUUUGACUACAUCCCAUUGGAAGACAAGGCCACGCCCUGCCAAGAGGCGGGACUUCCCUUUAAACGUGGAGACAUCCUGCAGGUCGUGACCCAGGACGACCCCACGUGGUGGCAGGCCAAGCGGGUCGGAGACAGCAACCUGCGGGCCGGACUCGUCCCGUCCAAACAGUUCCAGGAGAGGCGACUGGCCUACAGGAUGAAAAUGGGCACGCUUCCGAAUCCAAAAUCCCCUAAAAAGCCUGCCUAUGACCAAGGAUGUGAUAAAGAGGACUGUGACUGUGAGGGCUAUUUCAAUGGACAGUACAUAGCUGGUUUACGGAGGAGUUUCCGGCUGAGUCGUAAGGACAGGCAGGGAUCAUCGGGGGAGGGCUCUGACCCAGGAGAUCCCGAUUACCUGACCUACGAGGAGGUGACCCGCUACCAGCAGAGGCCCCAUGAGAGGCCCCGCCUGGUGGUUCUGAUCGGUUCUCUUGGAGCUCGAAUCAAUGAACUCAAGCAGCGGGUGAUUGCGGAAAACCCACACCGUUACGCAGUAGCUGUACCACAUACCACCAGGCCCAAGAAGCCUCACGAGAAGGACGGUGUAGAGUACCACUUUGUCACCAAGCAGCAGUUUGAUGCAGAUGCUUUGAACAACAAGUUCAUAGAGCACGGGGAAUACAAAGAGAACCAGUAUGGCACCAGUAUAGAGGCGAUCCGCUCUGUCCAAGCCAAGAAUAAGAUGUGUAUAGUAGAUGUGCAGCCUGAGGCCCUGAAGAGGCUGCGGACAGCGGAGUUCAAGCCAUACGUUAUAUUUGUCAAACCUCGUGUUCCUGAGAGCAGACGUCGCCGCAGUGCAGCCACCUCGCCAGGAGGGGGCGAGCACGGCCGUGUCACGGAUGAAGACCUCCAGGAGAUGCGUCAGUCUGCCAUUCAGAUCGACCAGCAGUACGGACACCUGGUGGACCGAGUCCUGAUCAAGGAGGACUCAGCCAGCGCUUGUGCAGAACUGCGAGGUAUUUUGGAAAGGCUGGAGCGAGAGUCCUUCUGGGUGCCUAUCUGCUGGGUGCGGACCUAA